CUUGCAGAGUACCCAGAGUAGCUCCCCUCACUCUGCACCACCACCACCACCACCACCACCACCUUUGGUUCUUCUCUCCCACCUCUACUCCACCACUUACCACUUCAUUGACGUCGUUUCUGCGGUUGGCCUCUCCCACCAACUAUCCCUUCACAUUCGUUUGAACCGAUUGCUGUGUGCGCGAAGAUAGAGAGGAAGGACGACGUGGAAGGCGUAGACAAUCCUGCAUCGUCGCUCGCUACUCGUACAGCCCACUACUUUACUUGCGACCCGACAGCUCUCACCCGCGUUGCUUGAUACUCGACCAAUUCUUCGGAUUGCCUUCCCAACGCGCAGCCUCCACCAACACGUACAUACAACAUACCGUACGCUCUUGUCCUCUUCCAUUUGUUUUUGCCUUUAAUAUAAUUGGGUCUGGUGCUGCGCUGCUCCUUUGCUCCGCACUGCACUCCAUUCCUGCAUCCGCUGCCAUCCCGACUGCCUUGUUUCAGCGCGCAGCAAUUUUUUGGGACAGGAAUCCCGGAGUUGGGAACUGACUUUCGAUUCUUACUUCCACCACCAAAACACCACCGCCACCGGGUCCCUUCCCUUCUUGUGCCUCCUCAGCCUCACCCUCGAAAAUUGCUGUCCAGUUCUCUGUUCUGCUCUGCUGCUCUGCUGGUCAGAAACUCUGAUGCCCCCAACGCGAUCCUUCCCCCCCAAGCAACCAACGAGAAAAAAUAAAGUUCUCUCAACUGUGGUUCACAGUAUAAUGACAAUCUAGUCCACACUCGUUUCCCAGCCCAUUGAGCUGCCAUGCAAGGUCCCACGUUGACAAUGCCAGCGGCAUUUGACCCGACCCCAUCCUUUACUCGUUCGCAUUCGUCCCCAACCCUUCCCGAGCUGGUCAUCAAAGACUACAAGCAACCUUCCAGUCCAGAUGAUGACCUCCCACGUUCUGCGAGCUAUGAUUGCAUCCCGAAUAUAGAGCCUCAUUUGCCAUCAGAGAAGGAUUUGGAGAGAGUAGAGAGCUUGCCGAAACUGAAUACCACCAAGGAAAUUCAGACGUUGAAAAAGAAAGAUCCGAAUACCAGUCAUCGAUCGUCGAAAGAUAAGCCGGAUGAAAAUUCUAAACCAGAGAGGAUAGGGAGGAGGAAGUCUUUCGUGGCUCGACCUAAAUCUUGGAUACAGAGGGUCAAGGGAUCUCCAGAAAGGGUCAAGUCUUCCGAGACAAUCAUUACAACACCACCGGAUGCCCCUCCAGUUCCUACGAUUUCGAAGGCUGUUCGAGAUAACAAAACAAAGUCAUUUGCAACAUUUGCUAGGAAGUCAUGGAUGAAUCCAUCGAGGUCCCCGUCACCGAGCCGCCGGAAAGCACAAAAGGGCAUUGAUUGUGAAGUGGAUGAUUCACAAGGGGGCGGUGUAAGCCGCCGACCAACUGUGCUGAAUCCCAAGCUGGACAAGAAUCGACGAAGCAAAACCAUGGAUAGUCUCCCAGUGCCUCCUGUCACAAGAUCAGGCACUUUGUCGAAAAUGAGACAGCGGCCGCAGAGCGUGUUUAUGAACCUCACAAAAUCCACCAAUUCUUCUACCAGCAGUCUGCCAAGCAGCUCUAUUGACAAUCGAUCAACCCCAAGGACGUCGACUGACAAGGUCCCGCCACUACCAACUGCUCCGUCUACCGAAAAGCUUCAACUUCUGGGGUCUAAUAAUGCGAAGAGGCGAGAUGAGCUCUGGUCCGCGUUUCGAUCUAUCGAAAAUGAUUUCUCGAAGUUCCAAUCGAAAACCUGGUCAUUGAAAACGAACGUGGUUCGAGCCUCACUUCUUCCUUUCUUACGGAACCAUGCGUCCCACCCAUCCAACAAAGACCUACGACCUGAAGAUUUGGAUCGAAGGGUCAAUAUUUUGAAUAAAUGGUGGACGGGCCUUUUGGAAGUACUAGAUGGCAGGCAGAACCAGACAGUGAGCGGAGUUGAUCGGCCAAUAUUGCUCGAUGCAUGCUAUGCUAUUAUGGUCCGUCCAGAAUGGAGGUAUUGCCCUUCACAGUUUGCGCCUUUAUCAGAACGUGCAGCAUAUGUGCCCCCGGAGGGUAGACCUCUUCCAAAGAAAAGAUCUUCUGGUUCCCUGCAAACCACAGUUACUCAAUUCAUGGCCGAGUCAGUCCAUCAUAACACCCGCAACAUGUUCAUUCACAACCUGCUCACUCAAAUGAAUUUUGUGGUCGAAAAAAUGUCAUUGCGACAUGCGCCCGCGAGUCUUGUGACGUUCUGUGGGAAAGCAACCGCUUAUGCUUUCUUUUUCGUACCUGGAGUUGCUGAGGUCUUGGCUCGAGUUUGGAAAAUACCCGCAGACACACUUCGAAGGGUCUCAGAUGAGUUAGGAAUGCCUAGGAAGGCCAACAAGGUUGACACAGACGAAGUGAUAGCCGUUUUCCCCUCCCAUAUUCAUGGUCUAGGCUGGACUUCCGUCAAGUCCAUGUCAACCCAUCUGCGCUCAAAUCCUUUCUUGCCGGUUAUGGUUGCGAAAAUUCCAUGGUAUGGUCCUUGGAUGGCUAGAUGGUGUGGGCGAGAUAGUGAUUUAUUCUUCGUCUUUGUAAAGCACUACCACAUUCUAGCAGAGGACUUUUUACCAGCGGCUCUUCCCCUACUUAGUAAAGCUCGAGCUCCAGGUAUGCAGAACAUUCCCCUUUGGCAUUGACAAGAUCUGGCUAACCUGCUUCAAUAGGAUUUCUUUUGGUCCAAGCACAGGUCUUGACUGCCUUAGAUGGCACGGUCCAUCGACAGCCUGUAGUAGAUCCAUUGCCCAUUACAUUUGAUGAUGUUCUCGCCGGAGCUGAUGCAACUGCUGCUGCCCUCCCGCUACCUUCCAACAACUCGUCCAGGCCGAUGGGGGAAAAUCGACUAAUAAUGCUUCUACGGGAUUUCAUAUCUGAGCGUCCUUCGGAUUAUGAAGUAGCCCGACUGACAUUCGCUGAGACAUUUGGCAAAAUGAUGCAAGCUACUGCUCGAAGUACUUCACUGUACAACCACCAUGCCUGCUUUAUAAUGUGCGACUUUAUGGAAGAAGCACUGGGGAUAUACAUCCGAUUCAGCCUUGCAAAUGUCUUGGAGACUGACUACAUUGAUUGGUACUUUUGGAUGGAUGUUUGCAAGAAGAUGCUCGAAAGCGAGAACAGCAUGUCUGAAAUUCGCUUAUUUGCGUUUUUGUUCGGGGCGUGGAACUUGAUUGCGAGCGACGAGCGUAGAAAGGAGAUAAUCUGCAUGGAUUGGCUCUUGACCGAAGGUACUUUUGUGCGAUUUUUCUGCCACUGGUGCCCAAUGGUCAGAGCCUAUUUCAUGCGCCUCCUGUGUUGGAGACUAUGUAGAGAUGACGGAGAGGCUUCCGCUCUUGACACGAAAGUCUUCUCUAUUGUCUCCGCACGUAUAAAAGCUUGCUGGGCACAUUACCUGCAUCUCAAACAAGUUGCUGAAAAGACAGAUGCACUACCGCCAUCAUCCGCUCCAUGUCAUCCGGCACCAGGCCGUCGUCUUCUUAUAAUUAGGAAUGACAACCAAGCCCCUGCUUCCAAUUUAUUCCUUGGAUUCGAUGGAUUGACAUCUAAUACAUCUGCCUCUCCAACAACCGGAGUUACUCAGCCCACAGCAUAUAAGCGUCACUCCUCUCUUGCUCAUUUGGCCCUGACUGAACCAGCCGAUUCGACAACUCCUGCAGUGAAAACGGACUCGCCUCCCUCUUCGAAAAAACGAUGGACUUUUAUUGGCAAAGUCCUGCCUUCCAUGUCUACUUCAUCAGAGCUCACACCGUCAGCGACUCUUGCUGCAAAUUCGCCUGCAAAAACCCAAAGCCUUGAUGAGGCACGUCGGGAGACUGCCAUUGCACGUACAAGACCACAGCUUCAUUCUAAGAAAUCAAGUUCUGAUAGUGAAACUCCUCCAUCUACAAGUACCCAUAGAGCGUUCAGCUUCAAGUUCAGCUUGGAGUGGAGCCAGCAUUUUGAGAAACCACAAGCUCAAAUUUCAGCUAAUGGAAUUGCUCCUGGACCUCGAGGCGUGGUUGGAUUUAAUGUGGGCACAGAGAGACGGUUGUCUCCUCCAAGACUACCGGCGGCAGCUCAAGCAUGGCUAGGAGCCAGAGUUCCAGGCAUCAGUCGCGAAGUCCUUCCAAAGGAUCCCAGCGACGUAGAGGGAGACUCCCCGGGCGCUUCGAGGAGAGGCGACAGGAUCACCCGAGCGAAAUAUGCCGGCAGAGCAUUGGCGGAAUGGGCUUUAAUCGUUGCUGAGUGUAACAACUUUGUUGAUCGGCGCAGAGCCGAAGGUGUGCCAUCACUGCGAUGGGUGGAAGUCCCAACGCUGGGGAUUGAAGGAUUUCGGAGACUCGGUUAAGCACAAAGGGGGCUUGUGCGUUUCGAAAGUAUAUACACAUCUUAUUCGCAUUCAGAAUAUCGUACUUUUAACGACAUACAUCAUUCGGCGGGCAUAUUUAUUCUUCCAUGUCCUCUUUUUUCCGAAAACACGAUCAAAAGCGCAUCAUUCAUCACGGAGGUUUUUACAUUACACAGCACAUCAUUGCAUUCGGAUGGAUUAAUUUGGAUUUGUUGUCUCUUUUUGUCUUUUGAUUGGCACAACGGAGCCACGAGCUCAUUGUUUUCUUUCUGCAUAGCAUUGGCGCGGCGCUAGGG